AUGCAGCCACUCCUGCUCCUGAUGGCCUUUCUUCUGCCUCUUGGGUUGGGACAUUUGAAGGAGAUCAUUGGGGGCCAUGAGGCCAAGCCCCACUCCCGCCCCUACAUGGCUUUGGUUCAGUUUCUGGGUGAGAAGAGUUGGAAGAGGUGUGGCGGUGUCCUCAUACAAAAGGACUUUGUUCUGACGGCUGCUCACUGCAGAGGGAGCUCAAUCAACGUCACCCUGGGGGCCCACAACAUCAAACAGCAGGAGAGGCCCCAGCAGGUCAUGCAGGUGAGGAGAACCAUCCGCCACCCAGACUAUAAUCCUAAGAACUUCUCCAAUGACAUCAUGUUACUGCAGGGUGACUUCGGUGGACCCCUCGUGUGUAAAAAAGUGGUCCAUGGUACUUUCUCCUAUGGAAAGAUGAAUGGGAUGCCUCCAGGAGUCUUCACCCAGGUCUCACACUUCCUGCCCUGGAUAAAGAGAACAAUGAAGCGCCUCUAACAGCAGCUUGAGACUGACCUUUGUCUGCACUGACCAUUGUCCUGGGGAAGCAGCAAGAAUCCCACAUGGAUUGGCAGUGGGAUCA